AUGAAGUUCCAAUCCAUCAUCACCUUGGUGCCCCUCCUGUCGCCAACCAUUGCGGUCUCGGUGCAAGAAGUCACACAGCAGAUUUCUAGAAGGCAUCUUUCGAUCAAAUCCGACGCCAAAAGUGGGAGAGUACCGUGGCCUGGUGGGGAAGUCACCUGGUGCAUCGACAAUCCUCGGGAUUAUCCCGACUACAAGGUGUUCAUAGACAUGGCAGCAAGCGCCAUAAAUUUGUGGAUGAAGGCUCUGGGAGACGAUACUAGCCUUGAGGUCUCGCCUUCAGACAACGCAAAGCCGGAAUGCGACUCGGACAACGCCGGCGACAUGCUCCGUAUCAGAUUGAACAACAAAGACAACAACCAAGCGUAUGUAGGGUUCACGAAGGGAAACAACUAUAUGGAUUUCGACCCUUUUCGAGCGGAGUCGAAAAUCAGUCUGGUCGCGAAACUGGCACACGAGUUCGGCCACGUCUUCGGCUUGUAUCACGAACACCAGGAUCCCACGACCUGGGGAGAGCUGAAGAUCAACUACGAGAAUCUGAGGGACUGGAAGAAGUUCGAAAAGAAUGGGAAAAAGAUGGAUCACAAAACAGCCUCGGAAGCUGGCUUUUCGGCCGCGAAUCUGCUGCCUUAUGAUAAGAUAGCGUUGCCUGGGAUGGACUCGGACGGUCGUCUUGACUGGAAGUCAAUCAUGUUAUACCCCUCGGAAAAUUACGCCAAGAACCCAAAGAAAGGCGCGCUGGUCAAGGCCAAUGGCCAGUUGAUCCAGAGAAAUCUCAAGCCAUCGAAGAAGGACGCCAAAAGAGUUUGUGAGCUCUACCCGGCUUCAAAUGACGAGUCGGACGACUAG